UGUAUCUGCAGCAUCCUGACAGCGCAGAGGGGCAGAAGUACCGCUGCUGUGACGCAGGUGGAAAAAAAACCCACCACCACACUGUACAUUUAUUUAUAUAUUUAUUCAUUUUUGUGUGCGGGUGUGAGGCGUUCAGGCGCACACGCUCUUUUAUCUGCAAUGCCAACGCGACUGAAGCAUCUCUUCUACGAGCUCGGGGUCAUUAGGUGGAUGAGAGAGUCAGUGUUUCCACACUGAGCUUCUGUCUUCGCAGGAGAGGACACACUAUUUUUUAUUCUUUAUUUUUUUUUCUUCGAGAGGAAACGAGGACAGGAGGCCUCUGAUCCACGGCAGUAGGACACACAAGGAUUAUUCUUUAUUUUUGCACAAUUAGAUUGCUAUCCUUUCAUUUCUUGAUCGCCUUGAGAAGAGGCAGUAGCAGUUGAAUUCUUAUCAUAAAGCAUGCACAGUAUAUAGCUAUGUAUUUAUGUAUGUAAAUGCACUGCAUUUUGGACAAUGGCUGGCAUGUCGCUCCUUAUACAAACACUCCUGCUCUAAGAGUAUAGUGUAUUUUUAACACAAGACAUGAGGUCUAGUGAUUGUUCUGUGCAGUUCACACUAGGACAUCAGGGAAACAAGAACAAACACACGACAUAAUCAAAUCUCAGGUGGUAGACCUGGGGAACACUGUGCGUGACCAGAUAUCGUAGAUUAAAAUAUGCUGCUGGGUAAUUAAAAGCAGACAGUGCACUGUCAAUCCAGUGGAGCAAUCAUCUGGGGGGGUGGGAAAAAAGAAGAAGCAAUAAUCCCGUGGUAAUAAAUCCUGUGGCCAUCAGGAAACUGUUGCUGGCUCGAGCCAAAGAAGAAGUGGAGACACUAACAGCUCCUCCACGGGCCUGUUAGGACGUCAUAAACACAAUUUUUGCACUUUAUUAUUUGCUCGAGGCGACAUCAUCACACAGGGCAUCAGUUUACUUCCAUUGCAGCUCUUUGGAUUUGCAGAUAAGCUACAUUGUUAUUACAAUAGAGAGGAAAAACUUGAGGAUCCUUUGAGGAACAUGGCAUUGUUACAUCUACUGCUCCUUUCUCUGUUCUGCACACUGUUUGUGCACCAGUGUGAUGGAGCCUGUGCAGAAGUGGACUCUGACACACAGGCAGUGGCAGGCAAAGGCUUCAAACUGGGCUGCAUCUCCUGCAAGAACAGGAGUGAGGUGGAGGCAACGUCCUACGUUAAGUGGGAAUUCAUGCCCAAAGGAGAAAGCGAGUUUAUUCCCAUCUAUACCUACGAUGAAAAUGGCGGCACAAUCGAACACGAAAGCUUCAUGGACCGCUUAGACUGGAAAGGGAGCAAAAGGAGCAGCGACAUCCAAGACGGGUCCAUAUACGUGCUGAACGUCACCUUCAAUGACACAGGCACCUACCACUGUCACUUCUUUCGCAAGCUCAUCUAUGACCACUACGAGUUUGACACCGUGGUCAGCAAGUUGGUCCAUCUCUCUGUGGUGGCGAAAGCCAGCAGAGGAACAGCCUCCAUCGUGUCAGAGGUCAUGAUGUACGUGUCCAUCAUCGGCCUGCAGGUCUGGCUCCUCAUAGAGAUGAUUUACUGCUACAGGAAGAUCGCCGCGGCCGGGGAGGAAGCAUUACGAGAAGCAGCAAAUGCUGAAUAUUUAGCAAUAGCAUCAGAAAGUAAAGAUAACUGCGCAGGAGUGCAGGUCGGGGAAUAACACAGGCUCUAUCGUUCGCUUCAGGCUUCUUCCACGGACUGAAAACAUCCUUCCACCCUCUGACCCGCAUGAAAACAAAACUGGAGAAGAAGAAAACUCUUCGUCUCAUUCCUCUACUUCACCUUUUCCUUCGACAAAGUAUCACACGUGGAUGUGACGUACAAAGAGAGCAUGGUGCCAGCUCUGUAUAUAUUACAGCAUGUUCUGCACUUCAAUGACAAACACAUUAUGCAUUAACGAGCCACAUCAUUGAACGCAUACACAGCACACACGCAGUAUUCCUCCGAACAUAUGAAAGUGGUGCGACGCGGAGGCCGAUCGUGAAAAAAAAAAAUAAAUAAAAAGGAACGUUUUAACUAAAUCACCGCCAUUUAAUGUAUAAACACAGAGGCACACGUUACGUACAGUUCAGUUAUUUAUAAAAUAGAAUGUGAUGGAUUAUGAUAGACGGUCCUUACAGUUGCUAGCUGUCCUGAAAACUCUACAAUGUAUUAAUAAAAUCUGAGAAACACA